GCAAAAGAGGAAAGGAAAAUAGAACUUAAUUGGCUUCAAGAAAGCAUCAUCACAAUAUCGUCUAUUAUUAUUAUUAUUAUUAUUAUUAUUCUCUUCCCCUCUGCACUUGCUUUUCUUUCUCUUCAGUCUUUGUCUCCCUCAACAACUACUAUAGCCAUGGAGAAUAUUGGUGAUGAGUACAAGAAUUACUGGGAGACCAACAUGUUCCUCCAAACCCAAGAGCUUGACAGCUGGGGAUUGGAUGAGGCCUUAUCCGGUUACUAUGAUUCGAGUUCACCCGACGGCGCCGCUUCAUCGGCGGCGUCUAAGAACAUUGUCUCCGAGAGGAACCGGAGGAAGAAGCUCAAUGAAAGGCUUUUUGCUCUUAGAUCGGUGGUCCCCAACAUUAGCAAGAUGGAUAAGGCUUCGAUUAUUAAGGAUGCCAUUGAUUACAUCCAGCACUUGCAUGAGCAAGAGAAGACUAUUCAAGCUGAGAUAAUGGAGCUUGAAUCAGGGGUGAUGAAGAAGAACCCAAGCUAUGACUUUGAGCAGGAACUCCCUCUGCUUCUGAGGUCCAAGAAGAAAAGAACAGAGCAGCUACAUGAUUCUGUUACUUCUAGAAACUCCCCAAUUGAAGUCCUUGAGCUCAGGGUUACAUACAUGGGAGAGAAAACUGUUGUUGUGAGCCUGACAUGCAGCAAAAGGACAGAUACAAUGGUAAAACUGUGCGAGGUGUUCGAAUCUUUGAAGCUAAAGAUCAUUACAGCUAAUAUCACUUCGUUUUCAGGAAGGCUUUUGAAAACGGUCUUCAUUGAGGUUAGUCUUGCAAAUGAAGAAGAGAAAGAUGAUUUGCAGAUAAAGAUUCAGACAGCCAUUGCAGCUCUUAAUGAUCCUCUAAGCCCUAUGAGCAUUUGAUGAAUAAAAUAAUAUAUAUAUAUACAUUGGGGGUUAUCAUUUUCGGGUCACUAGUUUUAUGAGUAGAAGGUUCAAAAACCAUAGCUUUCUGGUCUUGAUAUAUAGGAGUUUUCUCGUCAUUACGUGCUAUUUGGUUUCGUUACCUCCUUUUUUUCUUUCCACUCAAUGUUCUCAUCAGUGAAGAGUCUUCAACUUUGUUAUUUGGGAAUGUUUGCAAGUUUCCCCCUUUUUCAUCCCCCAAUGUCGUUGGCGUAUCCAAAUGUUAUUCCUAUAAUAUAAUGAAAGUACAU